AUGAGCAGUGUUCGUUCCACACCUCGUUCCACACGGAGCAGUCGGCGUGGUACUCAAGCAGCAGCGGCAGCGGAAGAAGAAGCUGCUACAGCAGCCACCAUUCCAGAAGAAAUAGGAGAGGAGGACAAUGACCAAGCAAUGGACGUGGACGGUGGAAAUGAAUCUUCUUCGCUGGGAUCCAGCAAUGACGAUAUGGACGACGACGACGAAGAAGAAGAAGAAGAAGAAAACCAGGAAGAUACAAUCAUGUCACCGACUCCCGAGAAGAAGAAAGACAUGCGCUUGCGAUCCGGGAGACGAAAACGUCGACGAUCCAAGGAAACGACUGGUCUCACACCACCAGACACGGUUUCGGCACGAAAGAGGUCUCGCCGGAGUGCUGCUGCUAGUUCCACCAAAAAAGCUAAAAGCGCUACUGCUACUGCUACUAAUAGUGCUACUGCUACUAAUAGUGCUACUCCAGCUGCAGCUGCUGCAGAAACAAUUGCCGAAGAGACGACCACCAAACAAACGAAAGACAAUGAUGUAGUUCUUCGAAAAACACGAAACUCAAUCUUGCAAUCCGAUAAACCUGCUUUGGCAGAAGCUAAUCAAGAAUCCGAGUUUCCCUCUCCUGUCGAGGAAGAUGAUGGGCGACGCCUCUUUGAUGCCAAACCACCUCCGACCAGCAAUGGUGGAUUGCCAUCACAACAGAUUCCUGUAGUAGCACAGCCCGCAGCAACAACCACAACAAUAGAACAACAACAAGUCGUUCCGCAAGAGAAAAUGGAAAUGGCACCACCGGAAGAAUUGGAAGUGCCGCCUCCAUCAUCACACUUCAACACUUCACCAACAGCCUUGAUGCGACUCAUGGUAGUCAUAUACAUUGUGCUAAUUGCAGUUUCGGCUCGCGUUUGGAUUCCACUGGCUGGAAAAUUGGCGCUUUCCAUUGUGCCAUUGAAUGAAGAAGACUUGCUUUCUUCACCGGCAGCAGUUGCCAUGGAGGAAGAAGAAGAAGUUGUGGUCGAUCCAAAUGAUGCUUCUUCUCCACCAGUCCCUGCGGAAAUUUUGGAGGGAUUGGCCGGCUUGGAAAAGGCCCAACACUUGAUUGGAGCAUCCAGGCAAGACAUUCAGGCCUACAACGCGGAUAUUGAAACCUUGAUCAAAAUGGUUCGAAAACAGGCAGAUGUCAGCAAGCGCAAGUUGAUGAUUCGAUUCAGCAGGUUGAUGGAAGCGGAAAAAAUCAUGCACGCUGCGAUCAAGUCGGGAAAAAGUGAAGAAUCGCCAUCACCAGAGACUUGGAAGAAAGCCAAGGAAACCAUUGAGGAAUUGGGAUUCUCACACAAGAAACUGAUAGAUACUUCCAUCAUUGAUAUGUGGCAAGUGGACGAUCCCAUUCAAUGUCCAGACGACCCACAAGUCGACGACGGAACAACAGUGGAGGUGGUGGAAGACAAGGAUCCUCUCAUUUCACCAAGAAUCUUUGAGAGCACCGAAACCAAUUUGUUGUUGCGAGCCACCAUGACUGCCGAAAAGAUUGUUCGAUCAGCACAAGCCGAAGCCAACAUUCGGGCUUGGGUGAGGGAAAAAAUUGACACUGCCAUUGAAGAUGAAGACGAUAUUUUGUCGGCACUGGAGCAAAUACAAACAAUUUCGUCGGAUGACGGCCAUGACCACAUCUUGUCAAUAGAAAUGGUGAGCACCUUGCUAAAAAAUCGGCUGGAGUUGGAAAUGGCCGAUGGUACGGGAGCCUUUGAUCACGCCGCUCUUAUGAGUGGAGCCAAGAUUGUCUACGGUGGCAAGCGAGGAACAACCAAAUCCAUUACAGAUAGUCUGCCUUUGUACAAUCGACUGAUGCAACUGGCUAGUCUGCGGUUCUAUGGCCAUGGACCAGAGGCUGCUAUCACUCCGACCUACCCCAAGAAUUCCUUGGGACAAUGCUGGUCCUUCCAACCACUGCCGGUUAAGGAACAGCUAAGGAUCAAUCAGCAAGACGACCACAAGCAUGGCAGCUUUGGAACACUAACCAUCAGUUUUGCCAAUCCAGUCAAGAUUGAAAACAUAUCGAUUGAGCAUCCAACUGCCACUGAUCAUCCAAAGAGUGCCAUUCGAGGCUUUCGAAUUAUUGGUUUUGCCGACGCUUUGGCAGAAGCGGAAGGUCAGCCUAUGGGUUCCUUCCAAUACCGAAUGGGUGGAUCCUCCAUUCAAGAAUUUCCUGUCGCUGAUAAAGAGCCAAUGCAAUCAGUUUCCUUGGCAAUCGAUUCGAAUUGGGGUCUCGAAUAUGCUUGCUUGUAUCGAUUUAGGGUUCAUGGUAUCACUGUGGAAGACUAA